UAAAAACACCGGUUCGUAAGCCGAUGAGCCAACGUCCUUUUUAUAAACACCUCCCGUAAUCGAUCAAUCACCGGCGACUGCCGGAGAGAUGGGGAACGCUCAGUCGCCUGCCGGCGAUCCUCGUUUCACUUCUGCCACCAGAGCUUUUUCCGAGAAGGAACUCGAUGAUCUAAAAUCGUUGUUCGGUUCUCUCGCCGCCCAGUCUCAAAGCGGCGGUAAAUACAUCUCCCUCUCCGCAUUCAAGGCGUAUAUUGGAAUUAGUGGUCCUCUUGGCGACAGAUUGUAUGAUAUAGUUACGCAGAAUCGGAAAGAUCAAAAACUCACCUUUGAAGACCUUGUAAUUGCUAAAGGAACUUAUGAAAAAGGGACUAAAGAGGAGAUCGAUGAAUUUCUUUAUCAACUAUGUGAUGUUGAUGGUGAUGGCAAUUUAACGAGGUCCGACUUGGAAGCUGUUAUAAGUGAAAUACUUGAUAAUAUAUCAUCUUCCAGAAAUUAUGAACCUUCAUCAGCUCCGGAGCAGAGGCCGAUUGGAAUAUUCCUAGAUGCUGCCAAUUUUACAAAGGAUAACGAAGGAAGUUGUGGAAGAAGUAUGUCCUUUGAGGAUUUCAGAAGCUGGUGUCGCUUUGUUCCAUCUGCCAGAAAGUUUCUCAUAAGCUUGUUGAAGCCAUCUUCUCAAGGUUCUCAAGUUCCUGAUCUGAUUCAUCAGGAUGACAUUGAUUCUAAUAUGCUGCUAUUAAAGGAGUAUGCUUGGCACAUUGGAGGAGCUCUUUCACAUCAAGAAUUGGAAGAAUGGAAACUUUUGUAUCAUAGUGCACUUCAUGGACAAAGUUUCAACACGUUCUUGGGCAAUAUGUCAAAUGCUGAAGGGCCAACUGUGUUGAUUAUCAAGGACAAGGAAGGCUACAUUUAUGGAGGUUAUGCUUCCCAGCCUUGGGAGAGACAUGCCGACUUUUAUGGGGACAUGAAGUCGUUCCUUUUUCAGCUAUACCCUAAAGCAUCUAUAUAUCGACCUACUGGUGCUAACAAAAAUAUACAAUGGUGUGGCGUAAACUUCAGCUCGGAUAGCAUCCCAAAUGGCAUUGGUUUUGGUGGGCGUACAAGCCACUUCAACUUGUUCAUUUCAUCAAACUUCGAUCAUGGUCACACAUUCACAGGUGCCACCUUCAACAGUCCGUGCCUAUCAAAAAGCAGCCAAAUAUACGCGGAAGUGAUAGAAUGUUGGGGAAUUGUAGCAAAGGGAGGUCAACACGAAAAGCAAGAGGGAUUGAAAGGUAGCGUGCUAGAACGAUUCAAAGAAGAUCGUAAUAUGCUUAAUCUGGUCGGACUUGCAAAUUCAAGCAACUGAUUUCUCGUUUUAGAAGGUAAGAAAAACCCGCCUGAUCUUAUCGUGUGGGGUUUGCAAGGGUCACAAGUCGAGUUUUAAAAUUUUGUCGAGUUUUUUACUUGUAAAGAAGGGGAUAGCGAACUUGAUGACCGAUGUGUAGGCUCUAAUACUGUUGUCCAAAUAAGUUGAUUGUAUCGUGAGAUUGUAUUUAUGGUAUGGUGAGUGUGUUGUGCUAGUUGUAAUCAGGGAUGUAAAUGAUACAAGUCGAGCUCGAGUA